AUGUCGACUCAAGCUGCUCCAAAACCGCCGCCGGCCCUCGACGGAAUCCAAAAGUUCCACGUGAGUGACGCGUCGAGUACCACGCACACACUGUGUUUCAGGCCGAUUUCGUGGCGUUUCUGUACGCGGACCACGGCGCCGGAUUCAAUACGAACGUGAAGAAGAUGGAGGAGACGACGGGCCAGAAGCGGGAAUACCUCGCCUACGCACUCGUCGCCCUCAACUGCGUCUACAUGAUCAUCGGAAGCGGCGCCGAGUUCGUGUGCAACCUCAUCGGAAUCGCCUAUCCGGCCUAUGUCUCUGUCAAGGUGCUUUUUGAAGACAGAACCCCUCAAACUCCCAAAGUUUCAGGCGAUCCGCUCGGUGGAGACGUCGGACGACACGGCGUGGCUCAUCUACUGGGCCGUCUUCGCCACGUUCGCGCUCAUCGACUACUUCGCGAUGAGCAUCAUGUCGGUGUUCCCGUUCUACUGGGUCAUCAAGGCGCUCUUCCUCGUCUACCUGUACCUGCCGCAGACGCAAGGCUCCACCGUCCUCUACCACGGAUUCGUGGAUCCGCUCGUCACUGCGAUCGACCGGCAGAUGGCUUCCAGAGCGGCGCAGGCUCCUGCUCCGGCCGGCGUCGAUCCGAAUAACAAUGAGGUGAAAUCGCAGUGA